CGCACGUCGACUUAAUGAGGCCAUGUGGGUACCGUUCUACAGGGAUGCGGGGUAAUGGCGCUCUGAGGAGCCAAUGAGAGAAAGUGCAACGCAAGGCUGAGCUCUCAAAUGAUGUCAUAUCCCCGCAUGGCAAAUCGCGAAAUCGAGGCUGGGCCAAGAUUCACGACAAACGGAAGGCACUCAACUGAUAUAUAAGGAUCCUUCGAUGCCUCAAGAACUCUUCCUCCUCAAACCAUCCACACAUUCAACCCGAACAGAAAUCAAUCAACCACAUCAAAACCAAACAACACACAACUACAAUCAUGUCUGAUAAGAACACUUCCACUGUCCAGUCGUACAUCGACUCUGCCACCGGUGCAGUUCAAUCUGCCAUUGGCAGUUUGACUGGCAACACCUCUGACCAGAACGCCGGCGAGGCCAAAAAGUCCAAGGCUGAACUGGAGAACGACGCCUCCCACGCAACUGCCAAGAUCGGCAGCUACUCUGCUUCCUCCUCUGGCGCCAUAACCAAGGACGAUCCCAACCGCUCCAAUGGUUCAUGGAACCAAACGAUUGGAUCUGCGAAGGAGGCUCUUGGUGGACUUGUUGGCUCCGAGGACCUCAAGCGAGCUGGUGCCCAACAAAACGCCGAAGGCAAAGGCCAAGAAGCCCAAGGUCAACUCAACGACUUCAGCUCAGGCAUCGCCAACCGUGCCACCGGUGCCGUCCAAGGUGUCGUUGCAGGCAUUACCGGCGACCGUGACGCACAACUGAAGGCUCAGGAGCAGCAUGAUAUUGGCAAGACUCAACAGCGGGGUGCUGAGGCUGAUAUUCAAAAGCAGAACUCUUAGGUUCGGGGAAGGAUGAGGAGGAGAUACCUUUGGGGAGUGUAUGAUAGUAUGACGUGCGUGGAUCAUGAAUCGGGAUGGGAAAUGGGAACGGUACCAGCGGGAAGGGUUUGCGUGAUUUUGUUUUCGUGGUAGUUUAGUACCACAAUAAAAUACCCCCUCUUUGCGAACACCUUGUAUCUUUUCUGUUCUUCUGAGACUCUGAAACCGUGGCCUGAGAUGAUAUUCCUGACAUUGAAAGAGCUGUGAAAUAUUUUGUAUCUUGUAGCUUCUGCUUGUUGAAUCCAUUACUUUUGUCAGCGCAAUUCAAGUAUGGCUUCGCCGCCUGCUAGUCCUGGU